AUAUUAGACUUCAGUCCAAAGAGUAAAAUACUUCAGUCGGUGUCAGAAUCACAGAAUGAAAUGUCUAAAUAGCGGUGUGAACUUGUGAAGUUUGUUUAUAUAAUCACAAAGUUUAUUGUAUGAAACAUCAGACAUGUAUUAAUGGACUAAUGUGAUUGUAAUUGCUAAACAAUGGCUGAUGAAGAACGACUUCAACGAAUAAAAGCGGGUACAUUUCUAGCUACUAUUGCAGGAAUAUCAGCUUUUGUUGGCUUUAGUGCAACCUUAUCAGCAGCCAAGAAAACAGACCCUAAAUAUUUUAAUAAAGGUUUACAUGGAAGUGUUGAGUUAGCAGAUGCAGGUGCCAUGCUUGCUCUGAGAGCUCUUGGAUGGGGUACAUUAUAUGCCAUUGGUGGUACAACUUGUUUAUGUUACGGUAUAUGGAAAUUAUCAGGUGCUAAAGAUCUCAAAGAUUUUAGAAUAAAAAUGGGUAACAUUUUACCUAUUCUACCAAAAAAUAAUCCACCACAAUCAAGGACAGAAUUUAGCGGAUUAAACGAUUUAUUGUUAUAUAUAUCGGAAGAUUAUGGGAAGAAGAAAAAACAAGAUGAUAGUGGUAGUUAAAUAUGAAUAACAGUUUAUUAAAUUGUUCAUUUUGUUAAA